AUGAGAGCUGCUACAAGAGUCAACGUUACAAACAAACUGUUUUUCACUACUUUCCUGGUAGCAUUUUCCUCCGUUGCCUUGGGUUCAUUUUUACCUUGCCCGGCCCACGCAGUGGAUUCAGAUGCACCAGCGCACCAGGACAGCAGGGACCCGAGAGACCCCAGAGACCCUAGGAACCUCAGGGACAAAAGACAUGAGGCCUUGCAUAAGCGAAACACCUGA